AUUCCGUUUGGAAACCUAUUUCGAAGCGCACCAUGCACAAGUUCCGUCUGGAAACCUAUUUCGAAGUGCACCAUGUACAGGUUCCGUCUGGAAACUUAUUUCGGACGCACCAUGCACAAGUUCCGUCUGGAAACCUAUUUCGAAGUGCACCAUGCACAAGUUCCGUCUGGAAACUUAUUUCGAAGCGCACCAUGUACAAGCUCCGUCUGGAAACUUAUUUCGGAGCGUAUCAUGUACAAGUUCCGUCCGGAAACUUAUUUCGGAGUGCACCACGCCCGCAUUUUUGCACAACCAGUGCUGAAGAAAAGAAUUAUAAGCAACAUUAA